ACGUACUAAGCAAAGAAAAGGGAGAACAAACAAAUUCAUAUCAAAGUUUGCUUUUCGUGAGUUUUAACAUAGUAACAAUGGCGAACGUGGAUUUGUCUACAUACCGCAUUCGAAUUGGUCUAUUUCGAGGCGGUUGUAGAACUAAAGAGAAUCGGGCACCGACUUCCACUUUACAACUCUCGGAUUAUUCAACGGGACUGUCUUUAGCGAUUCUAACACUCGUGUUUGCAUUGCUUGCUGUUCACGGAAUUGAGAAGAAUCCAGGGCCGAGAUCGUCGGAUCAAAAUAAUGUCAAUGAAGCAUCUAGUGUUGAUCCAGAAGCGGCUGCAAUCACCGAACUUGACGAUGCUUUCUACGAGACAAUAGACAAGUUUUCACUGCAACAAUUCAAAAUAUUUGCUCAAUCAAAAAAUGGCCUCGUCCUCAGUUAUCGAGAAGUUUGUGAUAUCACGGAUCACAGCACAGAAUUAGUUGAUGAUCAGAAAUAUGCUGUUCUAUCCCUCUGGAAAGAAAAAAAUGGAAAAAACGGAACCGCGGGAAGAAUAAGAUAAGUUGUUAACAAUUUUAUUGGGCUCGAGUCAAGCAAAGAGGCCAUUCAAGAUUUUGAACCAGGUGCAAGAUUUGAAGAUGUUUUCCUCGAAUUACCAAGAAGGUUCCUAAACAUAGCUGAUUUCAAACGAUUCGCCUUAUCGAAAAAUGGAUUGUCUUUAAGCUUGAGUGAUGUUACCUCAAUUGAAGACGAUACAAAAUACUCGCUUGACCAAAUGCUUAACAUGCUUUGGUUGUGGAAAGAAAACGCUGUUAAUUCCGCAUCAACGACGCUUAUCAUGGGAAUACUCGACAACUAUAAAAAAAAAAAACAUCCACAUUCGGACAUCCAAGACGAAAGAAUUGAAGACGCCUUUCUCAAAAUUAUCGAAACGAUUCACAACCUAUCCGAGUUCAGAGAAUUCGCACGAUCUAGCAAUGGAUUAUCAUUGAAUAGCGGCGAUGUUGCUAUGAUUGAGCAAGAUUCCAAAUCUUCCUUUGACAAAAAGCUUAGCAUGCUUCGACUGUGGAAGCAAAAUGCUGAUAAUCUCGUCACGGCAGCAACAAUCAGAGAUUUAGUUGAACAAUACGAAAAUGUCACGCCUCAGACAACAUACCAAGGUGAACAAUCCGUACUGCAGCAACCUUUACAGGCAGAAGAAGAAAGCUUGAAUCAAGGAGACACGUUUGAGACUUCAGCUGGUGAACGAUCGGUACCUCAGCAACCUUUGCUGAUAGGAGAAAAAGGCUCAAAUGAAAGACACACGUUUGAGACUUCAGCAGAAAAAAAAUUUGUCGACAAAGUCAACGAUAUCACUCGCAAAACAAUCGAGUAUGACGUUCGGUCAGUAUUCGAAGAUCUGAAUGAAUUAGAAGAGGAAGUUCAGCCAAAGCUGACGGUAGCCAAUUUCAAAAAUCAAACUAGCAGCAAACCUCUUGGACAAUCUAACGCAAUUGGAAUUGAUAAAAUUGAAAUAAGUCUUGAUCAGUUACACGAUGAGUUUAAAGGAACCACUUCUAACCAUGUAAUGCUAUUGGGAGACGCUGGUUCCGGAAAAACAAUUUCCGCCAAAAAGUACUCUAAAAUGGCCUUGGAUAAAGGAUCUAACGUUUUGAAAGAUAUUCUAAUGACAUUUUAUAUCUCUGUUUCCGAUCUUCAACAGGAAACAAUGUCGACCCCAUUUGAUCUAUUAUUCACGCAACAAAUCGGCCUACCAAUCGAACUUAAGAAAGCCGGUGCACAUUGGGUAGAGAAAAAUACGGACAAAAUUCUCUUAGUUAUAGACGGACUUGAUCGAGCAGGCGAGUUAUUUGGAGGACUCUAUCCUAAAAUCCAUGAUCCAAAUAUAAAUUUGAAAACAAAUACUAUUUUAGCAAACAUUUUAUCUGGCUCAUUGUAUCCAGACAUGAAAAUCUUAUCAACUUCCCGUUGGAGCACAUUUUGGGAAUUGGAUCCAAAACAAAAACCUUUGAAAGUCGUAAUGCUUGAAGGUUUCGACGACAAUGAUAUUCCAAAAAUAUUAUCAAAUUUGGUUGUAUCUAACGCCAAAGAAGAGGCAUUGCAAAAUGAUAUCACGCAAAGCCCAAAAAUUAUUUCUCUGUGUAAGAAUCCAAUGUUUCUCAUCUACAUGGCCAAAGUGCUAAAGCAAACUGAGACAAAAAUACCAGAAACAGAGUCCGAAACUAUGGUUACCGUUCUAAAAUUCUUUUCCGGGUCUGAACACUUCAAUGCAGAUUUGCAAAAACUAAUGAAGCUUGCAUUUUCUGGCAUUAAAGAAAAUACUUACUCGUUUUCAGCAAGCCAUGCUGAGAAUCUUGGAGUUGAUGUAUCGGAACUACGAGGUCUUAUAAUAACAAAAGCAGAGCCCGAACAAUAUCAAUCGCGCAUUGUGAAAGCCGAUCUAAGUUUUGAGUUUUUACAUCAGACUGUGCAAGUAGGUCUUCGUCUUGAAAAAGCAUGA